CCCCUGUGAGUACUGAGGAUCAUGAGUGUGAACAUCAAGGACGUGUCCCAGGCCCAGCCUGGCCCAGCCCUCAGCUCCAGCCUGCCCCUGCCUCGCAGCAUGACAGCCAGGAUGGAGCCCAGGCAUCAGUCCACCACCAAGACACGCUCCUCCUCCUCCUCCUACCCCGCCAACAGCCUCCAGAGAGGAACAACCUUCAAAAGUCACUUCCUCCAGCAGGCGAGGGGCGGAGUCUCUCCUGCCAGCCCCGCCCCUAGACCCCAGGGCGGCCGGGAGAGAGUGAGCGGCGUGCGUUCGGCCUACAGCAGCCCGCAGGCGCCCAGGAAGGAAGCUCCGAGCUCCCGGGAGACCCUCGACCUCCAAGGCCCCAGUGCCCUGGCCCACAAGGCCUUGCAGGAACUGCACGCACGGAGAAACGGCAACAGGAACUGGGCCUUCGGAGGGCAUCGCCACGACAACACGGAGGAACGGCUCGUCCAGUCCAGCAGCCAGACAGGACAGGGGAAGAAGACCCGACCGCAGCAAAACACAGCUGGAAACGGGAACGUGUUCUCCUGUGGCCCACUGUCGUCCCUGCCCCUGCUGGACCAGAGGGGGUGGGAGCCAGGGCAGCUCUCUAAUCGAGGCCCAGGCCUGGCCUCCACCCCGGGGCCUUGUCCCUACAGGAAGGGCCUCAACAUGCAGCGCAGAGGAAGCGAGCCAGCCAGGAUAAAUAUGGCCGCUGUGGCUCCCUUCAGGUGCAGACUGCAGGUUCAGGAGGACCUGGACGGUUCGCUGGAUGAUCUGAGUGACGGCUCGUCUGACUCCAUGGAGGUGUGCUGUGAUGAGCUGGGCGUUGUCAGGGGCGACCUGCUGAACGGCAGAGAGAGAUAGCGAGAAAGAGAGAGAGAGACUGAGGUUCCGGCGAUGGAGCGAUCCGACGGCGGCACCAAGACGGUCGGCAUGGCGACCAAGAAGCCCAAGCCCGGCGUGUCUGCGGGCGCCCCGCGGGGGGAGCUCAGGGUGUACCGUGCCGGCAGCACUGAGGCCGGACGCCUGCCCGUCUCCUCCAACCUCCGCAAACAGCGCUCCCUCACCAACCUGGCCGUGCUCACCGACACGGAGAAGAAAAUGCACCUGUACGAGCACACCUGGUGCGACGACAUGGCCAAGCCCGGAACGGCGCAGCUCAAGACGGGCAAGACCAAGACCGGGGGGGCGGGGUGGGGGGCGGGGGGGGGCGGAGCCCCACUCUCCCGUAACCUCUCCAAGUCGGAGCACUCCCUCUUCCAGGGCAAGCCCAAGCCCUUUAGCCCUCUGGCCCCCCCCGCUGGGCUGGGCAGGCAGAGCCGCAUCCCGAGGGCACCCUACGCCGAGGUCAAGCCCCUCAGCAUGGCCUCUGACGACGGCCGCUCCGACGACGAGAUCCUGUCCUGCAAGGCCAAGGCCGGGAAGAAGCCUGGGGCUGGGGUGGCGGGUGAGGCUGGGUCUGGGGCCCGCGGCCCGGGGGAGGCCUUCCUGAAGGUGGACCCCGAGCUGGUGGUGACGGUCCUGGGUGACCUGGAGCAGCUCCUCUUCAGCCAGAUGCUGGACCCAGAGUCCCAGAGGAAACGCACGGUGCAGAACGUCCUGGAUCUCCGACAGAACCUGGAGGAGACCAUGUCCAGCUUGAGGGGAGCCCAACUCAGCCACAGUUGUCUGGACAGCAGCAGUAACCUAGGUUACGACAGUGACGACACCAAUGCCCGCAGCGUUUCCAGCCUGUCCAACCGCUCCUCCCCGUUGUCGUGGCGACACGGCCAGGCCAGCCCCCGUCUGCAAGCGGGCGACGCUCCGUCCUCGGCGGGGAGCGGGGGGGUUGGGGGCGGGUUCCCGGGGGGCGGGGUCUCGGCCCGGUACUCCGCCCACACCAUGCCGGCCCGCUGCCCCUCCCGCCUGCUGGAGGGGCUGGAGGCAGAGCUGAAAUCCGGUUACCUGAGCGACAGCGACAUGACAGGGGGGCGGAGCCUGCGGGACGAUGACGACGACAACCUGGCCAAUGGCUGGGAUGAGAGCAGCUCCAUCAGCAGUGGUCUCAGUGACGGUGAGGGCGAGGGCUCAGACAACCUCAGCUCUGAGGAGUUCAACGCCAGCUCCUCCCUGACCUCACUCCCCAACACACCCCUUGGCUCCAGGACCAACUCCUCCGCCAUGCUGCGUACGGAUGCAGAGAAGCGCUCCCUGGUGGAGAGUGGUCUCUCCUGGUACAAUGAGGAAGCCAAGGCUGGCCGCAAGCAGGACGGCAGCAGCUACGACACUGGCAGCCUGAAGACGGACCCUCCCAGCCGCUGGAGGAAGGUACGGCCACAGGAGGGCGCUGGCGAGGAGGCGGGCGGCAGGGGGGAACUGAAGAAGCCUCAGAGUCUGGGUCAGCAGGGACACUAUAAGAAGACGCGCAACCCCCCUGUGGGUGUGACCUCGCCCAUCACUCACACCUCUCAGAGUGUGCUGAAAGUCGCAGCUCCCAAGGCUGCCCAGAGGGCCACGGACAAGGCCAUGCUGUCGGUGAGGACGUCUGGGCUGCAGCGGUCUCGCUCGGACGCAGGCAGGGACUUCCGUAAGCCUCCCUCAGGCCUGGCCAAGCCCUCCUACUCCUCCUACAGGAAGACCCCUCCCUCCACCGGCACCGCCACCGUCAUCACAGCAGGGGGCGCCACCCUCUCCAGCGGCUCGGCCACACUGGGGAAGAUUCCCCGGUCCUCCGGGAUCCCUGUGAAGCCUCUGGCUGGAGGAGGUGGCGUGGGAGGGGGAGUUCCCGGAGGCCGAAAGAACAGCUUCGACGCUACGGCCAGCGAGCACGGAUUCCUCGGUCCCAACGCCCGUAACAGCGUCCAGUACCGCAGUCUGCCGCGGCCCGCCAAGUCCAGCACCCUCAGCCUCAUCGGGCGGCCCGCAGCGCGCACCCCCAGCUCCAGCAUAGACGCCGGUCUGCUCAGCCUCAAACCCCUGCCCUCCCCCGGACCCCCCAGGUCCAAGGAUCCCAGCGGAGGCAGCUCCAAGGCGGGUGGGCGAGCUAGCUCAGGCCCGGUGAACCUGACGGACCGUGAGAAGGAGAAGGAGAGGGCCAAGGCCAAGGCGGUGGCCUCAGAUGGGGACUGUUGCUCUCUGAAGAGGGAAAACAGUCAGGUAGAGUCGGGGGAGGCCUGCGUCAAGCUGCACGGCCUCCGCAGGGCUAGCAGCAGCAAGUACCCCGAGCUGGCCUCACCCACCACCCCCAGGAUGCUGAGCAGCAAAGUGCUCGGCCGGCCCCCUAGCCUGGCCCACCUGGACAAGGGGAACUGCAACAGCCUGGACUCCUGCAUCACCCUCCAGGACUUGCCCCCCAAGGUGCCCCCCUUCUCCAAGCUCCAGGAUCUGACGGGCUCCCGCCUGACCCCGCGCCUCACCCCCAGCCCGGCCCCCGUCCUCCACAUCGACUCCCCGGGCUCCUACCCCAGCCAGAGCCUCAGCCUGGGUGGGUCACCCCUGCUCUACCCCAAGCUGGCUGGGAUGCACCGCAGCAUGGAGAGCCUGCCCCUGCAGAUGAGCGUCUCACCGGCUGGAGGAUACCUCCGGCCCGAGGCCAGGGAGCGGGAUGGGGACCAGGAGGAGGGGAGGGGCACCUGGAGGGCAGGAAGCAGGACCUCCCUCAAUCUCCCUGACAGUUUGCAGACGGACAGAAACACUCUUCCCAAGAAAGGAUUAGGGAGGUACGGCUCGAGCCAGCAGGCGGAGGGGGAGGGGAAGGAGAGGCGGCACUCCCACACCCUGGGUAGCAUGACGGACAUCGAUAGCCCCCCCCAGCUGCCCUCCCCCACCCACCACCACCCCCCCUCCUCAGGCAAGGCCCCGCUCACCAACAUAGUGGCACCCAUUCCAAGCUCCACCCCCAGAAUCACACGCUCCAAUAGCAUCCCUGCCAACGAGGCGACCUACGACCUGUAUGGCUCCUCCCCUCUGGGCAGCAGCGUGUCCCUGGCUGACCGGCCCAAGAGCAUGUUGCGCUCCGGAUCCUUCCGCGACCCAGGGGAGGAUGUCCACGGCUCCGUCCUCUCUCUGGCCUCCAACGCCUCUUCCAGCUACUCCUCUACUGAGGAGAGGAUGCAAGGAGAGCAAAUCCGCAAGCUGAGGAGAGAGCUGGAGACCUCCCAGGAGAAGGUGGCCAACCUGACCACCCAGCUGUCUGCCAACGCGAACCUAGUUGCAGCGUUUGAACAGAGUCUCGCGUUGAUGACAUCACGUCUGCAAAGCCUCUCUGUCACCUCUGACCAGAAGGACUCGGAGCUGUGUGACCUGAAGGAGACCAUAGAGAUCCUGAAGACCAAGAACUCAGAAGCUCAGGAGGUCAUCCACGUUGCUCUCAGCAACCCAGAGGUCCCACCCAAAGAGCUGCAGAUCAAGCGUCAGAACUCAUCAGAGAGCCUCUCCAGCCUCAGCAGCAUCAGCAGCCACUCCAGCCUGGGCAGCCUGAAGGAGCAGGAAGCCAAGAAGAAGAAGAAGAAAAGCUGGUUGAGGAGUUCCUUUAACAAGGCGUUCAGUAAGAAGGGCUCGAAGGGGGCGGGCCCCUACGCUGACAUCGAGGAGAUUGCCACGCCCGAGUCCUCGGCCCCCUCCUCUCCUAAGGUCCACCACGGCCAGGACGCCCCGCCCUCCACCCUCAAGCUCUCCACCCUCAAGCCCUCCACCACCUCCUCGGGGGGGGUUUGUGAGAGGGUCCAGAGGAGGGGGAGAAGGGUGGUGCUGGAUCUUCGCUCUGAGCUCUGGGAGAAGGAGAGGAAACUGACCGACAUUCGUCUGGAGGCGUUAAGCUCCGCCCACCAGCUCGGACAGCUACAGGAAGCCAUGACCAACAUGCAGAGUGACUGUGAGAACCUCAAGGCUGAAAACGACCAGUUGAAGACCGGAGGCCCCUCCCCCGGCCCCUCCCCCGGCCCCUCCCCCGGCCCCUCCCCUCCCUCCAGCUCCCUCUCCCAGUCUUCCGGGCUGACCUCCCUGGGGGGCCUGUCUCCCCGGCAGUCUGUGGUCCUCAACAAGACUUUGACCCGGGGCGUCAGCGAGGCCUUAACCCAGGUGGGACACUAUGAGUCCUCCAGCCUCGGGUCCCUCAGAGAUGACAUGCGUGUCCGUGUGAUCGUCCGCGUGCCCAACCUGUGGCUCGUAACAGACGAGGUCAAACAGCAGGACUUUGUUGGUACGGUCCGGGUGAACGGGAGAAUGGACUGGACCAUGCUGGACUCUGCUGUGACCCAGGCCUUCAAGGUGUAUGUGACCAGGGUGGACCCCUCCAGCAGCCUGGGUCUGUCAUGUGACUCUGUGAGUAGCUACAGCCUAGGGGGUGUGAGCAGGGUCCUGGGGGCACCCCCCCCCUGCCAGCCCUCCCUCUGCCUCCCCAGAGCCCCCCCCUGCAUCACCGUGGUCCUCAAAGGUCUGAAGGACAGGUGUGUAGACAGUGUGGUGUUUGAGACGCUCAUCCCUAAGCCCAUGAUGCAGCACUACAUCAGCCUGCUGCUGAAGCACCGACGCCUGGUUCUGACCGGGCCCAGUGGCACGGGCAAGUCCUACCUGACCUCCCAUCUGGCCCGCUACCUGCUGGAGCGCAGCGGGCGUGACCCCGCCCUCGCUCACGGCCACGCCGUCGUCUCCUUCAACAUGCACCGCCAGUCCUGCAAGGAUCUACAGCUCUACCUGUCUAACCUGGCCAAUCAGAUUGAUCGGGAGACCAGCACAGCAGAGAUCCCAUUGGUUGUGAUCGUGGAUGACAUCCAGGACGCUGGCUCCAUCAGUGAGCUGGUGAACGGAGCACUCACCUGCAAGUACCACAAAUGCCCUUACAUCAUUGGAACAACAAACCAGCCAGUGAAGAUGACACCCAAUCACGGCCUUCACCUCAGCUUCAGGAUGGUGACCUUCUCCAAUAACGUGGAGCCGGCCAACGGCUUCCUGGUGCGCUACCUGCACAGGAAGUUGAUGGAGGCGGAGAACGAGAGGAGCUUGACCAAUGAAGACCUUCUGAGGGUGCUGGCCUGGGUGCCCAAGCUGUGGUACCACCUGCACACCUUCCUUGAGACACACAGCACCUCGGACUUCCUCAUAGGUCCCUGUUUCUUCUUGUCUUGUCCUGUCUCGGUGGAAGAGUUCCGCUCGUGGUUCAUCGAUCUGUGGAACCACUCCAUCAUCCCCUAUCUGCAGGAGGGUGCUAAGGACGGCCUCAAGGUGCAUGGUCAGAAGGCGGUGUGGGAGGACCCAGUGGAGUGGGUGAGGGGCACCCUGCCCUGGCCGUCAGCCCAGCAGGACCAGGCCAGGCUGGUCCACCUGCCGCCCCCCAGCAUGGCCUCCGCUAGCCUGGGGAGACCCAGCGAGGCCAGGCCCCUCAAGGACCCCCCACCCUGCUCCACAGACACGGACCCCCUGAUGACCAUGUUGCUGAAACUACAGGAAGCAGCGAACUACAUCGAGUCUCCAGAAAAAGAGACACCAACAGACCCCAGUCUUCCCCGGCUGUGAACCCCAUGUAGACCCCAGUCUAGACCCCAGUCAGACCAGUCUCUCCAGGGGUGUGAACCCAGUCUAAACCCUUCAGGAAGACCUGCUCUUUCUCCCUGUCUCUUAACUAGUUUUUACAUUCCUGUUCAGGAACGACAACUUGUAGAAGUUGUUCUUUACUCUUAGAGAAAAAACAGCCAUACUGGUGCUGUGGGUUUGAGUGAGAUGUCGUGUGUGUGUCGUGUGAGUGUGUGUAAUCGCUCAUUUUAUCACGAGUUGUCCCAUGAUGGAAACACUGCAGCAAGAUGAGACUGAUGAUAUCAGGGCUUUGUCUGUUUCCUCAGUACUUUCCUCAGACUCCCGUCCAGUAUUCUUGGACAACAAGACUUUAAUCAGUUUCAACUGCCCUCAGCAUUCCUCUUCAACAUAGGUGCUAGCCGCUUUCUCUCUAGGUCACCUUGUGGACAUGCAUUUAGCUUCAGCCAGGGGAUCCCUACAACAGCACACACCCACCCAGAGAAGCACAUUCCUGCUUGCUCACUGCAGCUCUGCAACGCCCAGGGGUGUGUCUGCGGAGCGCUCCAGAUUGUCCAGCAUCCCUACCUGUGACACAUAUCUACUUUACCAGGGCUCUGGAGGACAGAUCUUAGACUUAUGCAAUUUCACAGUCUUUUCAGUCAGGAGAACAGGUUUUUAUCAAACGAGGGGAAUGCCUUAACACCAGAAUAACCAUCACCUUUACAUCAGCCUGUGUCUCUUGCUGCUUUUACAACAGCGGCCCUCACAUUGGUCGCUCUACCUGAAGGUCCACCUCUUCAGCUCUGUUCUAGUCUGGUCUUAAACAGCACGAGAAGGCAAGGUGUGUCAACUUGUCAGGACACGUUACUCAUUUCCUGACAGAUCGUCAAAGAAAGAUAAUUAUUUCUGGUCAGUCUUCAUCAUUUCACCUGGAAAAUCUGCUAAUAUAUUACAAAAGCUAGCGGCCCUACUUUAGCAACCACGUAUGAAGUAACAUUAAGGAUGUUUCUUCUGCUUGGUGCAGGUGUUGACAUGCUAUUUUUUAAUUUUCCUUUAUGAAAAAAUGUACGCACAAGAAAGUGGUGCGUCCACGCAUUGCGGCAUCUACGGUGCAAGUUUAUCUUCGUUACCGGUGCCAUCAUUCUCAUUUCAACUUUACGAUACAGUUUCUAAAACCAUGCUAAUGUAGCCUACUAACUACCUGCUUUUUGGGCCAUGGUCGAGUUGGCUGUAAAUCUAAAUCAGGUAUUAAAAGUUUAUGAACAGGUGUUAUAAAACAGACAGGUCUUCUAUAUGCAUAGUGCUUUUCAUCAGUUGCUUGUCACUUGUUGCUUCUAAUUAAGGUAAUUUACGCUAUUUUACCUAUAGUAAAAUAUCACCAAAUAUCCUUUAAGAAUUAGGCAACUCAAAGUAGUAACUAGGUUUCAUGUACAUAGUUUCUGUAAAAAAAUAAUAAUAAUACAAGACCAUUAUAGUUGCAUGGUGCGGUUAUCUAAUAUGCUGAACCAAAUACCGUUUCUUUAACUGUAACCUUGCAUAUUGACAGUCUAGUUAGAGGUCUGAGUACAAGUGCUUAAAUGAAUGUAACUGUAACAUUUUUACAUAAUGUGGUAGCCAUUUGUCACAAAAAAAAGCCUUGUCGCAAUGCCACAAGGAUUUCUAUGGAACAACGAACAACGACACGAGUAGUGAUUUCCAGCAUUGUUCAAGAGUAACAAUCAGUGACAUUACGUGUAGGCUAUGUAUUAGCCUAUUUUGGCUUAAUGGUGAAACGUGAAGCAUAGAGGUGACGUAAAGUGUGUUUGUGGCAAUUGUUUAAUCAUCCGCGGCCCCAAACUAUCCGACACCGAUGUGUCAUGGUUCUUUCACUGAUGUAGUAAGCCGUCAUAUAGGCCUAUCACAUGUAAAUAUUCUGUAAAUUAGCCUACUGACAGAUUGAUUUUUUUGUCUCGUGGUUAUUAUUACGCCUUCGAGUUGAAGACAUGGUUGUCUUGUGUUUGCGUUGCUUUUACAUGCAGCCGCUAUGUAGCGAAUGGCUUUUGCUCAUUGACUUGUUCACAUACUAUUCAAAACUGCAGUAAUCGAUCUAAGCGGAUAUUUGCUUCUUUUUUUUAACGCAUUUUACAAUGACAACAUAUUGGGUUGCUCACCCUGAACCCCACUCAGUUUAAUGUAUAACUCUCCUUAGUGUACUGUCAAAUAUGUUUUAGGCUACAACCAUAUUUUAUAGGUAUAGAUCAGUGGUAUGGCAUUUGACUUCAGAUCAAGAAGUUAGACGUUUAAAUCUACUCCCCCCCCCCCCCCCCCCCCCCCAGGUGACAGGUAACACGAGCCUUUCUCAUUGCACCGCCUCACCCCACACACUAGUUGUUUUUGCGGGUCUGUCGCUGUGAUGUGUGUGUGUGCUAAACUAGUGAUUACCAGGAGGACUAUGCAGCAACUUCUACUGGUGUUGGCAAUCGGAAACGUCCCAACUUGGCUUUCGGACGAUGCGGUUUGCCCUUGCUUGUGCAUCAGCCCUGUCGUUUCGCUUUGCGGUUGGACCAAAAGUUGAAUGGAGCCGGAUUGAAAGAUCGUAAGAUCUCAAAAAUGCAAUUUACUGAGCCUUAAUGUGAAAAACUGUGUUCGGAUUGUGUCAGAGAUUUUCGGGGUCACCCCAGGUUAAAAUGUGUUUCCCGCCACCAAGAUCUCCUUGAUACGAACACAGUGUGAAGAAAUAGAGGCGCACAGAUAGUGUGUUAGACAGGGUUCUCUUAUGGGGCCUUACAGAUAUGGUCACCCGUCCAGGGGCACGGUAGCUCCUGGUUGAGGGUGAUAAACUUGAUAGAAUGUUUGUUGAGUGACUAUGGUUCUACUGCGCAAUGCAGAGCAUAACAGCACUGGGUUCGACACCAUAGGUAUUAGGCUUGUUAUUUGAACCCACUGAACUUUUGAAGUCCUUGCAUUGGGGCACAGAUGAAUUGCGAUUUUGGAAAAGUGUGUAAAAGGCACAAAUCCAGUAAAAGGAUUGAGAAAAGGAGGUUGGUUUUACCUGUUGGUCAUAGGCUACGCAACUUUCCCCAAAACCAUACUAAAAACUCCCAGGCCUGAAAAGAAUAAAACGUAUUUCAAAAUGUUUUAAUGUUUUUUUCUCCACACAAAGGCCAUUACAGGUUGCUGAAUAGUCAUACUCAUUCUUGCAAAGGUUAAUGACUCUAAAUAUAAUUACAAAAAGAAGCUAUAGAGCCUAGAAUAAUGUGAAAAAUUUGAUGGAAUUCUAAAUGUUGUAAAUGCAUGUAAAACUGCUGUGCGACGAGAUAUUACAUGAACGUAUUGUUAGAUCAUUCAGCUGAUGUUUUUCCCUUUUAAGACGCUAUUUGAUCUUUCUUUUUUUCUAAAGGAUCCUUUGUAAAAUCUAAUUUCUCUAUUUUGUACAGGAUAUCAUUAUUGUAAACAUUGUAUAAAGAUCGGCAUUCUGUACGCGACAACAAUCAUUCCUGGGGAAAAGUUUGAGAAUAGUAGGCUAUCCUCUUUAGAGUGGACCCACAAUAAUGGAGAUGCCAUGCUUCUUGAAAAAAAAAAAACGAAAACAUUUUCAUCCACUAGUCUCUGUUUGUUGGAAUCAAUAAAAACGUCUCAUUAUCACGUG